CAUGACUGAAAAGAAAAAAUACGGAACCUCAACUAAAGUAAAUGAAACAGUAGUAAAAUAUACCGAGUAUUCGUCGUUGAAAAUGGCUAAAACUUUACUUGAGACGCAACUUACAAAGGAACAGAAUUUACUACAAGAAGUCUCAACAACAAUAGCUCCGUGUAAAUAUCAGCGGUGGAAUCCUUUCGGUACUAGCGACGGUGCAUUAACAAAUCCGCCUCGCGAAUUGGUCGAACGACAAAAAGAAGAAGCCGAACGUAGAGCUAUCAUUGCAGCCAAGAAGAAACGUGACUCUUUGCCUGAAAAUAUAGUGAACUUGAAAGACUUAGCGAACGGCACGUGGUUAAAAAAGAGUCAAAAGGCGAGAGCAUUGAAAAGGAAAGAGUUAUCCGCUCAGAUCAAAAAGAAGAGGAUAACAACAGACCGGAAGAUCGUACGUUACGUCGAAGCAGAAAUUCCGAGAUCCGUGGAAGAACAAUUAGCUGAAUGGAUGACAAUAGUUGAAGAAGAACAGAGACGAAUAGUUAAGCCUGAAGAUGUUGCCAAAGUCCUUUAUCUCAAGGAUCGCUACAUAAGCGAUGACCAUUUACAACCGUAUGAUUAUACUAAUAUCGAGGCAGCAAGAAAGCGUAUCACUGCUAAAUUGCGGGAACGUGAAGACUUCGAUGAGAUAAUGAUUGAACUGGAACCGGAAAUAAUAAACAACUAUAAGCAAGGUCUGCGUUCCGCGAUAGUGGAUUAUAUUCUUAUGGACCCCGAUGAACGGAAACGUUUGUCUAUUGAAACGCUGCCUAUCGAAUUUCCUCUUCUUUGCAUUCGCGCGCCAGUACCUUGGCAUCAGUCCAAGAUCACAGCCGAUCACUUGAUGCGACAUGAUCUCUUCAUCAACAAUGAAAUAUUAAGGGACAUCCGCGACUUAUGGUUUUUAAAGUAUCGUGAGAUGAGAAUAAUUCGUAUGCAAGAUUUCGGCACAUUUCCUGUGCCAGCUGCGGAAAUUGAGCCGAGAUUAAACGCCUUGUGUGUUGCCGCUACUAACUUUUUCGUUAAAGAGUGGCUAGCCGACGUGGCGGAAAUAUUUUUUGAGAAAAAGUACGCUUGGUCGCAGUACUUCGAGAUGCAUCCCAACGCAUCCACCGGUUGGAUAGAGAAAUACUUUCGUAGUGUUAAUUCUCUUUUGUCGAAGCAAUUACGAAUCAUGAUAAUGGAAACGUUGGAAGACGUGAGAAGUUUCUUCAUGCGCUACAAAGCCGGCAACGAGUUCGAAGGAGAUUAUAAGGAUCUCAUGUUUCUCGAAACUCCUUUCAUAACAGUGAAAGUGGAACCAGAACUCGGCACGACAGAUUUGCACUGCAGACCGAACAUCUUUGAAUUGCACACCAUUAUCUCGCGAUGUUUCGAUAAGAUCCUCAAAAUGGGCACCACGAUUCCUAAAAUCGAGAUUAUUUUAUUCCCGGAACUGGAUCAUAUUGGAUAUCUGUUUUCUAUUUCGAGAUAUGAAGACACGGUACUGAGGAUAAUUAGCGAUGUAUUAGACGUGAUCAUUAAGCAUAUGAAUGGUCCCAAUAGUUAUCUCAAGUGUUACGAGAACCUGCUGUACAUCACGAGUGGCGUAGCCAACGAGAGACUAGACCACUUCUUCUCACUCGAGCCGACACCGCUGUUGCGAGAAUUCGAGCAACAGAUAAAAGCGUACGAUGCUGUGCGAGAAGAGAUUUCUAUGUUUCGAUUUAAAAUUCCGCUAAACAUGAUCGAGAUAGAUUGCAGCAUCGUAAACGAUACGAUGAAGCAGGUGCUGCAAACGCUUCGAGGUAGAAUAUGUGAUUUCUUCGCGGACGAGCUGCGGUCCAACAAUCGCGAUUUGUGUUCCAACUUCGACGAGAUCGCGGAGAAGAUCUCGAGGAUGCCGGAAACGACGCAGGAUGUCGUCGAGUUGUAUAAUUAUUUGUGCGAGAGCCGCGACACGACAAUGUUCAAUCUGAAGAGACGUUUAGCCCGCUCGAUCGAACUGAUACUAUUCCUCUUCGAUUACCAGCCGUCUUCGGACGAGGACAUCCACUUGAACGCGCGUACCAUCACCUGGCCGAAGGAAAUGGACACCGUGAUGGAAUUGGCAAGCAAAAGAUUGCUCAUGAGAAGGGACUUCUCAGAGUCGGCGCUUCGCACGCGACGCGACAAUUUCGAUAAGAAGAUAAUCGCGCUGCAACAGGUCAUCGAUCAGUUCAAGCGGAAGGAUCCACCGGUUCUCACGAUGGAGGAGAUGGAGCAGGCCGUGGAAGAGAUCGAGCAAAUCUUCAAGACCAUGGCGGAGAUUCGCAAAGAGGCCGAGGAGAUUAAUAUGGAGGAGGGACUGUUAGAUAUGGAAUUGAGCCCGUACCUGGAGCUACCGACGAUGUCUUCCACAGUGGAUAUCUUUGACAGGCUUUGGCAUAUUGCUCUGGGCUUCCAUCAGAACUAUGAUCUGUGGUACUACGGAUCGUUCUUGGGUCUAGACGCCGAGAAAGUACGCGAGGAGACCGACGAGACGUGGCGAACGCUUUACAAAAUGUCACGCAUGCUUGCGGACGUGCCAGGUGCGAGACGCGUUGCGGAAAUGGUACGCGGCAAGGUGGAGAAGUUCCAGCAGUUCAUUCCGGUGCUGCAAAUCAUCUGCACGCCGGGUCUGCAAGCACGGCACUGGCAAGCUAUUAGUGAGAUUGUUGAAGUAUCGAUAAUGCCGACGGACACCACCACUCUGUCGGACAUGAUCGAAUAUGGCUUGACCGUGCAUGUCGGCAAAUUGGAGGAAAUCUCCUCUUCGGCCACCAAGGAAUACGCUCUGCAGAGAAGCUUGUAUAAGAUGAAAGAGGAAUGGAAGGAUGUAUACUUCGACUUGAUGCCAUACCGUGAAACCGGGGUGUUCAUAUUGACGGCCGUGGACGACAUACAGACGUUGCUGGACGAUCACGUGCUCAAAGCUCAAACUAUGAGGAGUUCGCCUUUCGUCAAGGCGUUCGAGCGGGAGAUGCAACAGUGGGAAGAAAAAUUAAUAGCGAUGCAGGACAUCAUCGAUCAGUGGUUACUUUGUCAGGCUACGUGGAUGUACCUGGAGCCGAUAUUCAGCAGCGAGGACAUCAUGCGGCAGAUGCCGUCCGAGGCGCGGGAUUUUCGCAAGAUCGACAAGACAUGGCGGCGUAUUAUGGCGCAUGUGGCGGACAACAAACGAGUGCUCGACGCUACCGCGUUUCCGAACAUGCUGCAGGAAUUCAGGACAUGCAACAAGCUGCUCGAAGAGAUCCAAUUGGGUCUGAACGAGUACCUGGAGAAGAAACGGCUAUUUUUCCCGCGACUGUUCUUCCUGUCGAACGACGAACUCCUGGAAAUCCUGUCCGAGACCAAAGACCCACAGAGAGUGCAACCACAUUUGCGAAAGUGUUUCGAGGGUAUCAGCAAGCUGCGCUUCACGAAGGACGAGGAGAUUAUCGGUAUGCUAUCGGAGGAGGAUGAGUAUGUGCCUUUGAGCGGCAAGAUCUACCCGGCCGACGCGAAAGGCAUGGUGGAGAGAUGGUUGAGCCAAGUGGAAGAGCUUAUGGUGAUCUCGAUGCGCGACAUCGCCGAGGACAGCAUUCUCGCUUAUUUUACAGCUGUGCGCGAAGAAUGGGUGCUUUCCUGGCCGGGUCAGAUCGUUAUCUGUAGCAGUCAGGUGCAUUGGACCAGCGAGGUAUACGAGUCCUUUGAGGAGCAAAGCACAUUGUCCUACCUGCACAAAUGCAACGACCAGAUACAGUACAUUGUAGACCUCGUGCGCGGCAAACUGGAUCGCGGCGCCAGAAUCACGUUGAACGCCUUGAUAGUGAUAGACGUGCACGCCAGAGAUGUGGUGAAGCUAUUGGUCGACACGGGCGUCACAAGUCCCUUGGACUUCAACUGGAUAGCGCAGCUUCGUUACUACUGGAUGGACGAUUGCAUCACCGUCUCCAUGAUCACGACUGACAUCAUGUACGCCUUCGAAUACCUUGGCAACACACCCCGCUUGGUGAUCACUCCAUUGACCGACCGAUGCUACAGGACCCUAAUGGGCGCGUUGAAACUGAAUUUGGGCGGCGCACCGGAGGGACCAGCGGGUACCGGCAAGACUGAAACGUCCAAGGAUCUUGCGAAAGCAGUGGCUAAGCAAUGCGUGGUUUUCAACUGCUCCGAAGGCCUCAACUACAAGGCGAUGGGCAAGUUUUUCAAGGGCAUCGCUCAGUCCGGUGCAUGGGCUUGCUUCGAUGAGUUCAACAGAAUCGAGUUGGAGGUGCUGUCCGUGAUCGCUCAGCAAAUAUUGUCGAUUCAGAUGGCUAUAAGCAUGAAGCUGGAGAAGUUUAUGUUCGAGGGCACUGAAGUGAAGCUGAAUCCCACCUGCAACGUUAUCAUAACGAUGAACCCGGGUUACGCAGGACGUCAGGAACUGCCGGACAAUCUUAAGGUGCUUUUCCGCACGGUGGCGAUGAUGGUACCGGAUUAUGCGAUGAUUGGUGAGAUCUCUCUGUAUUCGUACGGCUUCAUCGACGCCAAGAAUCUCGCCCAGAAAAUCGUCCACACGUACAAGCUAUGUUCCGAGCAGCUGAGCUCGCAGAAUCACUACGACUAUGGCAUGCGAGCCGUCAAGACAGUAUUGAUAGCUGCUGGCAACCUGAAGCUCAAGUACCCGACACACAACGAGUCUACGCUGGUUCUCCGCGCUAUUGUCGACGUCAAUCUGCCCAAGUUCUUGGCCCAAGAUAUUUACCUUUUCACCGGUAUCUACACGGAUCUUUUCCCGGGCGUGGAUCUGCCACAACCGGACCGCGACGAUCUCGUAGAUCUCGUUAAGACGAAUUUAGAGAAACGAAAUCUACAGGCCACUCCGUGGUACAUGGAGAAGAUCGUGCAGAUCUACGAAAUGAUACUGGUGCGACAUGGGCUGAUGCUGGUCGGCGCGGCGUUGGCUGGUAAGACGCAGGCUUACCAAGCGUUAGCCGAUUCCUUGGGCGACUUGUCGACCAGACGAAAAGCCACGGUGCGAGAGUAUCGUACAACGUACCGAGUAAUCAAUCCCAAGGCUAUCCCUCUGAAUCAACUGUACGGCAGCUUUGAUCCGGUAUCCCAUGAAUGGAGCGACGGCGUAUUGGCCAAGACUUUCCGUGAGUUCGCGCAAUCCACGUCCUUGGAUCGCAAAUGGAUCAUAUUCGACGGUCCAGUGGACGCGAUCUGGAUUGAAAGCAUGAACACUGUGUUGGACGACAACAAGAAGCUCUGUCUAAUGUCGGGUGAGAUUAUACAGAUGUCCGCCAAGAUGAAUAUGAUGUUUGAGCCGGCCGAUCUCGAGCAUGCCUCACCAGCCACCGUCAGCAGAUGUGGCAUGAUCUACAUGGAGCCGUCCCAGUUAGGUUGGGCGCCUAUCUUUGAGUCGUACAAGAAACACUUGAAGGAGAAACUGUUGGUUGAACAGUUCGAACUCGUCGUGGACUUGGUCGAAUGGCUCACCGAUCCGAUCUUCAGUUUCAUCCAAUACAAUUGCAAGACGUUCGUGGCUAUGUCGGAGAAUCACAUGUUUCUGUCCUUCACAAAAGUCUUCAGCAUGAUGUUGGCGGAGGAGACGCAAGUGAGCACGAUAUGGCUGCAGUGCGUAUUAAUCUUCAGUAUGGUGUGGGGCAUGUGCUCGACAUUAACAAGUGACAGUAGAAAAAUUUUCGAUGCGUAUCUGCGACAACUACUGCUCGGUAAUAUCGAAGAGCAACCAAAACCGAAGACGUUCAAACUGACGAAGCAGCAACUUUAUCCCGACAAAGGUACAGUGUACGAUUGGAUCUUCGAUAAGAGGAACAAUGGAUGUUGGAUAUCCUGGAUGGACACUAUGCAACGGUCGACCUUGCCGGCAACGGCAAAAGCCAGCGAAUUAAUUAUCCAGACGACAGAGAUGUCCAUUCAGAAUUUCUUCAUAAAGCAAUUCCUACACAAAGCGGUGCCGAUCUUGUUCGUGGGUCCAACAGGCACUGGCAAGUCUGCGAUUGUACUCAACUAUCUCAUGUCAUUGCCGAAGGAGAAGUUCCUGGACAACGUCAUAAACUUCAGCGCUCGUACAAAUGCGUCGCUGACGCAAGAGAUGGUCAUGUCGAAGUUAGACAGAAGGAGGAAAGGAGUUUAUGGUCCUGCAAUGGGGAAAAAGUGUGUGCUGUUCGUUGAUGAUUUGAGCUUACCACAAGUGGAGACCUACGGCGCCCAGCCGCCGAUAGAGUUGCUGCGUCAAUGGAUAGAUCAUGGAUACUGGUUCGACCCGAAGGAUACGUCGAUGCUGUACCUAGCGGACAUUCUGAUGAUAGGUGCUAUGAUACCACCGGGCGGCGGCUCGAAUGUCGUGACACCUCGAUUCAUUCGUCAUUUACAUGUGAUUGGCAUCGACUCUUUCGAGGAGGCCACAAUGAAGAAGAUCUUCUCGUCGAUCCUCGACUGGCAUUUUGCCAAGGGCUUCGUCACGGAGGUUUCCAGAUUAAGUAAAAUGAUAGUGAAUGCCACUAUGGACGUGUUCCUCGCGGCCAUUCGGAAUUUCCUGCCGACACCGUCCAAGAGCCAUUACACGUUCAACCUGCGCGACUUUAGCCGCGUCAUUAUGGGUGUGCUGCUAGUACCCGCAGCCAGAAUGAAGAAUUCUGACAAACUCAUCAGGUUGUGGGUACAUGAAGUGUACAGAGUAUUCCACGACAGGCUGUUAGACGACACCGAUCGUGAAAUGUUGUUCAAGAUAGUGCAUUAUACAUGUUACGAUCAGUUGCGUCAGCCACUGGACAAGGCGCUCAGCAGUUUCCUGAAGCAAGACGAGAAAACCAUCACCAGUUCACACAUUCGUGAUCUCUUCUUCGGGAAUUACAUAGAACCUGAUGCCGAUCCAAAAGUAUACGACGAAGUGACAGAUCUGGAGGAUCUCCAGGAGAAGAUGGAAUAUUACCUGUAUGAAUACAAUGCGGUAUCGCAAACACCAAUGAGCCUAGUACUGUUCAGAUACGCCAUCGAGCAUGUGUCUCGCGUGUCCCGAGUGUUGCAGCAGGACAAAGGUCAUGCACUGCUUGUCGGGAUCGGCGGUUCCGGCCGUAACUCCUGCGCCCGAUUAGCGACCAGUAUGUGCGAGUAUCUGAUAAAUCAGAUUGAAAUCACGCGAAUGUACGGACCGACCGAAUGGCGAGAAGAUCUGAAGCGUUUGCUGUUGCGCGUCGGCUGCGACGGCAAGCCCACAGUUUUUCUCUUCAAUGACCAUCAAAUCAAAGAUGAGUCCUUCAUCGAAGACAUCAACAUGAUCCUCAACGCCGCGGAUGUGCCGAACUUGUACGCGCUCGAGGAAAAAGCAGAGAUCCAGGAUAAGAUGACGGCCAUCGCGCGGGACCCGAGCGGUCGAAAGAUAGAGACGACGCCGAUGGCGCUUUACAAUCUGUUCAUCGAGAGAAUCAAGAAGAAUCUGCACAUAAUACUGACGAUGUCGCCGAUAGGCGAUGCUUUUCGUAAUCGUCUCCGGAUGUUCCCAUCGUUGAUCAAUUGUUGCACCAUCGACUGGUACACGCUGUGGCCAGAGGACGCCCUCGAAAAGGUAGCCAGGGUAUCAUUGAAGGACCUGGACAUCGGCUCUGAACUGCGAGAGCAGUGUGUGCAGAUAUGCAAGCAAUUUCACACGAGCGUGUCCGUGACGAGCGAAGAGUACUACUUGACGUAUAGCAGACGAUAUUAUGUUACUCCCACGAGUUUCUUGCAAUUGAUCAAGAGUCUCUAUAAAUUCUACGGACAGAAGAUCGAUCAGAUUACGCUGCAGCAAAAUCGCUACGAGACUGGUCUGGAGAAACUGGACUUCGCGGCCGGUCAAGUGGCGGUUAUGCAGAAUGAGCUGCAAGAAUUGCAGCCGAAAUUGGUAGCGCAGUCGCAACUGAGCGACAAGCUGAUGAUCAGGAUCGAGCAGGACACUGUGAACGUGGAGGCGAAGAAAGAAAUCGUAGCGGCCGAUGAGGCACUGGCGAACGAAGCGGCAGCUGCUGCACAAGCCAUCAAGGACGACUGCGAGAGCGACUUGGCGGAAGCGACACCGGCAUUGGAAGCCGCGCUAGCGGCAUUAGACACUCUCAAACCGGCUGACAUCACAAUCGUGAAAGCGAUGAAGAGCCCGCCGGCCGGUGUUCGACUGGUCAUGGAGGCAGUGUGCGUGCUGAAGGGUGUGAAACCAGAUAAAGUGCAAGACCCAACCACUGGUCAGAUAGUGGACGACUAUUGGCCCGCGUCCAUUAAAUUGUUGGGCGACAUGAAGUUCUUGGAGAACCUGAAGAACUUCGAUAAGGAUAACAUACCACCUGCGUACAUGAAACGUAUACGCGAUCGGUUCAUAAACGACAGAAGCUUCCAACCGGAGGCCAUCAAGAAGGUCUCGGCCGCCUGUGAAGGUUUGUGCAAGUGGGUGCGUGCCAUGGAGGUGUAUGACCGCGUCAUCAAGGUGGUCGCGCCGAAAAAAGCGAUGCUAGCGGAAGCUGAGGCCGCGUUGGCCAUGCAGAUGGAAACGCUGAACGCCAAGAGGAAUCUCCUGCAAGAGGUGUCGCAGAAGUUGCAGUCUUUAAACGACGAAUUCGCCGAGUGUAUGAGGGAGAAGAAGAAGCUCGAGGACCAGAUAGAUCACUGUACGCAGAAGCUGGAAAGAGCGGAGAAGUUGUUGGGCGGUCUCAGCGGCGAGAAGAUCAGAUGGAGCGAGACAGCUUCCAACCUUGGCGCGAGUCUGGGUAACGUGAUCGGUGAUGUUCUAUUGUCAUCCGGUGUGGUGGCUUAUUUAGGAGCUUUCACCGUGGAGUACAGGAACAAACUAAUCAACGAAUGGCACACCUCUUGCGUAAGAGCGGCAAUACCAUGCGGUGCCAAGUUCAGCUUGAUCGACAUAUUAGGCGAAGCGGUGGAGAUCAGAAAUUGGAACAUUCAAGGCUUGCCGGCUGACCAUUUCUCCGUGGAGAAUGGAAUAAUCGUGAAGAAUGCUGACCGAUGGCCGCUCAUGAUCGACCCGCAGAAUCAGGCGAAUAAGUGGGUGAAGAAUAUGGAGAAACAGAACGGUUUGACGGUGAUCAAGCUCACGGAUCCGGAUUACGCGAGAAUGGUGGAGAAGAGCAUUCAACUUGGCACGCCGGUAUUGCUGGAGAAUAUCUUAGAGGAGAUCGACGCGGUGCUGGAACCUGUGUUGUUGAAAAAUGUAUACCAAAAACUCGGAGUCCUGUACAUGAAGUUCGGCGAAGUUGUGUUGGAGUACAACAUAAACUUCCGCUUUUAUAUCACCACACGUCUCAGAAACCCGCAUUACUUGCCCGAGAUAGUGGUGAAGGUAACCCUGUUGAACUUCAUGAUCACGCCACAGGGUCUACAGGAUCAACUGUUGGGUAUAGUUGUGGCCAAAGAGCUACCGAUUCUCGAAGAGAAAAAGAACCAACUGAUAGUGGAGGGCGCGAACAACAAACGGAUACUGAAAGAACUCGAGAAUCAGAUUCUGAAGGUGUUGUCAGCGUCGGAGGGCAACAUAUUGGAAGACGAGACCGCCAUCAGGAUACUCUCGACGUCAAAGGUAAUGUCGGAAGAUAUUCAAGCGAAGCAGGAGGUCGCGAUCACGACGUCGGAGGAGAUCGACAGAGCUCGCAACGGCUAUGUGCCCGUGUCGAAGCACGGCGCGGUUCUCUUCUUCUGCAUCUCCGAGCUGGCGAACAUCGAUCCGAUGUAUCAGUACUCCUUACCGUGGUUCUUGCAUCUCUACGUCAUGUCGAUAGCCAAUAGCGAAACGUCUGAUGAUCUGAACACUCGCAUGAAUUAUCUUAAUUCUUACUUCACGGCGAGCAUCUACAGGAACGUAUGUCGCUCCUUGUUCGAGAAAGACAAGCUGAUAUUUUCCUUGAUACUCUGCACCGGUCUGCUGCACGCCUCCCGUGAAUUAGAAGAGGACCUUUGGACAUUCUUGCUGACAGGUGGAGUUGCUUUACGCAAUCCUUACCCGAAUCCAGAUCCUUCCUGGUUAACCGAGAAAUCCUGGUCGGAGAUUGUGAGAGCUAGUCUCUUGCCGGGUCUUGGACCGUUGAGAGAGUCCUUCCAGUCCGAUAUAUCGCAUUGGCAGGAGUACUAUGAUUUGUCGAAUCCGCAGGACCAUCCAUUACCAGCCCCGUUCCAGGACGAGGACGAUGACAGUCUGAAAAGGCUCGUAAUCUUAAGAUGCGUGAGGAUGGACAAGCUGGUCGUCGCUGUUCAGGCGUUCAUUAUACGUCAUAUGGGUCAGUCUUAUGUGGAACCGCCACCGUUCGAUCUUCAGAGCUCGUACGACGACUCGAGUAACGUCACACCUCUCAUCUUCGUGCUUUCUCCCGGCUCGGAUCCGAUGGCCGGCCUGAUAAGGUUCGCCGAGGACCGUGGAAUCUCGAAGAAGAAUCUGAUGACCAUAUCCCUAGGUCAAGGUCAAGGUCCCAUCGCGUCCGGCAUGAUCGAGCGCGGCAUCAAGAGCGGCGAGUGGGUCAUCUUGCAGAACUGCCAUUUGGCCGUGUCGUGGAUGAAGGAACUUGACAGGAUAUGCGACGAGGUCAUUGUUCCUGAAAAGACACACUCGGAUUUCCGUAUCUGGCUAACCAGCUAUCCGUCCGACGGAUUCCCAGUGUCCAUCCUGCAAAACGGAAUUAAGAUGACGAACGAACCGCCGAAGGGGCUGAAGAACAAUCUACUGCGAAAUUAUCUGAACGAUCCUAUCUCAGAUCCCAAAUUUUUUCGCAACUGCAUGAAGGUAGUGGAAUGGCGUCACCUGUUAUUCUCCUUGUGCUUCUUCCACGCGGUAGUGCAAGAAAGGCGGAAUUUUGGUCCGCUUGGAUGGAAUAUACCUUACGAGUUCAACGAGUCCGACUUGCGCAUCAGUAUCCUGCAACUACAAUUAUUCUUGAACGACUACGAUGAAGUACCGUUUGAGGCGCUUACCUACCUGACUGGAGAAUGCAACUACGGAGGCAGAGUGACUGACGACAAAGAUAGACGCCUGCUGAAUGCACUGCUGAGAAAUUUCUAUAAUCCUGAAGUUGUGACGAAUCCACGAUACUGCUUUUCGCCGAGUGGCAUUUAUCACUUAGCGGAUGACAUCAAUUACGAGGGAUGUCUGACAUACAUUCGUAGUUUACCGAUCAAUCAGUUGCCAGAAGUUUACGGCUUGCACGACAAUGCGGACAUAAUGAAGGAUAAUCGGGAAGCGAUGCAGCUGUUAAAUAGCGUGCUUUUAACUCAGCCGCAAAUCAGCGGAGUAGGUGCCGUGAAAGAUAUGGAUGAAGUGGUUUCCGCACUAGCUGUUGAUAUUCAGUCAAAAAUACCAGCGCCAUUUGAUGUGAAAGAAGUAUUGAAGAAGUACCCAAUCCUUUACAUGAACAGCAUGAAUACAGUGCUGUACCAAGAGCUUGUUAAAUUCAAUAACCUCACUAGAGUCAUCACGGAUACAUUGAGCAACGUGCAGAAGGCAAUAAAGGGGCAAAUUUUAAUGUCAGCGGAACUAGAGGAAGUGUAUAUUAGCAUGAAUGUCGGCAAAGUGCCGCAGGCUUGGGACAGGAAAUCGUACCCAUCCCUGAAGCCUCUUGGCAGCUACGUAAACGACCUAUUGGUGAGGUUACAAUUUUUGGACGACUGGGUCAAACAUGACGCACCAAUUGUUUUCUGGAUUUCCGGUUUCUUCUUCACGCAAUCAUUUCUAACCGCGGUACUGCAAAAUUACGCUCGCCUGCACAAGAUUCCGAUCGAUCAAUUAGACUUUCAGUUCGAAGUCACGCAGUUCGAGUCGAACAUCGACGAAUCUCCUUCUUAUGGAGUCUAUAUAAAUGGUCUUUUCCUGGAGGGUGCUCGCUGGAACAGAGAGAAGAUGUUACUGGACGAGUCUAAACCUAAGAUUAUGUUCGACGCGCUGCCUGUUAUAUGGUUGAAACCUGGCGUGAAAACUGAAUUCAUCAUAAAAGACGUCUACCAUUGUCCAGUGUAUAAAACGAGCGCUAGACGUGGUGUUUUGGCUACCACGGGACACUCUUCCAACUUCGUACUGUAUAUCCUAUUGUCGACGGAUAUAGACGAGUUACAUUGGAUCAUUAGAGGAGUAGCUUCCCUUUGUCAGCUCGACGAUUGAUAAAAAUGGUAAGAUGAUGAUAUUAGAAUAGUAAGUGAUGACGCAUAAAUGGAUAAUAUGUAUGAGAAAACUAAUU